GUGGCUCUUGUCGACUUAAUGUCCACCACCUCAACUAUCGCCGAUACCGGACAUCAAUUGGUCUCUAUCACGUUAUCAGAUCCAUUUCGUGAUCGAUGUCCACAACCAAGUUACGAGAAUAAGAUCUUACCUAACGACAGACAAUGCUAUAGGGCGUAGUUCUGACAUUCUUGGGCGUGUAUUGUCAGCAACAAGCGUCGAGACUUCCGCUUCCGCGCGCUAUCGACCUUGACUCAUGAAGUAACAUUAUAAAGAUCAGUACGAAGUAGAGCCUAUUCUAUCGUCAUUCAGACACCGGGGUUCCCUUAGGUUUCAUAGGGUGUGAAUAAAAUGCCUUCUGAUAAUGCUCUCGACUUCAUCGUCGUUUCAAUUCAGAACUUCUUCCGCGACUUCAAUAUUCGCUUUACUCCCAUAACGGCCAUCGUCACAACAUUGGCCCUUUUGGUCCCUCUGCUCUUUCUCUUCAUACUCGCACGUAGCCAGCAAGAAGUGCAUCUUCCUGCCCCAGCAGGAUGCCGGAGGCUGCAACUGGAGGGCACCUCAAAUCUUAAAGACCAAUAUUCGAAAGCCUAUAGCAAAGGAUCUGAACCCUCAUCCUCGAAACCCUGGACUGUCAAGGCCCUUUUUGUUUAUCCUGUCAAGUCUUGUGCAGGUAUCGAAAUCGAUAAAGCAUCUGUUGUUCGCUCCGGAUUUCAAUACGAUCGCCAAUUUACGCUCGCCCAAUAUCACACAGGCCUUCCCGACUCCAAUGGAAAAGUUAAGAGCGAAUGGCGGUUCAUCACAUUACGGUCAUUUCCUAGGCUCGCAAAGGUUGAGACACAGGUCUGGGUUCCGGAUCCCAACGCGCCAGACUACGAUCCUAAUGGAGAAUGGGUUUUGAGCGAAGGCUGUCUUGUUAUGCGGUUCCCUUUCACACCGGAUACGGACUUUUCCAUCGAGGGACUCAAGAACUAUGGCAAAAUACUGGCUGCAAAGUUGGCUGGGCAGAGUGAACCGAUGUUAGAGUUCCGUGUGCCUUUCAACCCAACAAAGGAGAGGAUGCAAAAGAAGCAAUACAAGAGUGAGAAAAUGAUCAUCUGGAAUGAUCAACCCCACGCAUUGAAUAUGGACAGAGAAGUAUCUGCAGAGCUAUUAGAUAAAUUGAGGUACACACUUGGGGUAACGAAUCCCUUGACCCUUUUCCGCAUCGACACGACAAAGUAUAGGGAAGCCGGGGGAAAUGCUCCUAGCAAACAGGACACCGAGUUGGAGCCCAUCAUUGGAAUGCACGACGCAUAUCCGAUACACAUCAUGAACAUCGCGAGCGUUCAAGAUGUGAGCUCCAGAUUACCAAAGGGCUACAAACCGCUCAAUGUUCUCCGUUACCGAGCAAAUGUAUAUCUGACGGGACCUCCCGCCUUUGAUGAGGACGACUGGAAAAGAGCCCAGAUUGGGAAUGGUAAUUAUCACAUUUCAUGCCGCACGACGCGGUGCAAGCUGCCGAACGUCGACCCGGAGACUGCAAUUGCAGAUCGUAACGAGCCUGGCACCACAAUGCGCAAGUACCGUAUAAUCGAUGCUGGAUCCAAAAGUGCAUGUUUAGGCAUGCAAGUAACGCCCCUCGCGGAAGGGGAGAUUAAGAUUGGAGACCAGAUACAGGUGCAGGAGCGGGGCGAACAUUUCUUCAUCGAAUAAAACAAGCAUUUCGAGGGACUUUCCCACAGCGAUUAAGAAAGUUUAGAAAACAUUGAACUGGAAUUCAACCUCUCAGGAAAGACGCCAUGAUGUACUAUUAAAUUACAAGCUAGAACCAAACACCUACGUGAACAAGACAUAAAUAGUUACGAAUGAAAUUAGAAAGCUCCCCUUAC